CAUUUAUUGACCCACUGUAAUAUCCACUGUGGACCUUGACUCUGCAGGAACACAGCACAACUUUACCUGCUGCCUCUGCAUUCAGUUAUUCUGCACUCUUGACGGUGAACAAUCUGCUGCAUCUAAACAAUCAUAACCAUGGUGUCGACUGACUGUCUAGCAGGACCUUUAUUAGAGAUCCUCCUGUGUCAUCCGGCCUUAACCUGUGUUUUCCUCCUGGCCUUCCUGGCUGCCGUCCGCUGGUACAUCAGAGAUUCCUACAAGGUCGAAGGUUUCAGUCAGAAGCAUGUGUUCAUCACAGGCUGUGACAGCGGCUUUGGGAACCUUCUGGCCAGACAGCUGGAUAGAAAAGGUUUCCACGUCAUAGCUGCUUGUCUCACAGAGAAAGGUGCGGCAGAUCUUGGGGCGGCUGCCUCCCCCAGGCUGAAGACCCUCCUGCUGGAUGUUACGGACGGUUCGAGCAUCAGGAAGGCGGUGGAGUUUGUGAGCAGGGAGGUCUCAGAGCGAGGUCUGUGGGGGCUGGUGAAUAAUGCUGGCAGGUCGAUACCCAUCGGCCCAACAGAGUGGAUGCAGUUAGAAGAUUUCAAAAAAGUUUUGGAUGUGAAUCUGAUUGGAGUUGUGGACGUGACCCUCCACUUUCUGCCACUCCUGAAGAAAGCCCGGGGCAGAGUGGUGAACGUGGCCAGUAUUCUGGGCCGACUGUCUCUGACUGGUGGAGGAUACUGUCUGUCCAAGUGGGGAGUGGAGGCCUUUUCUGACAGCCUCAGGCUACAGGAGGAGCCCUACGAGGACGAGCCGGUCCACCUGAUGGUGGCCAGUCGCUGCGGUUCAAAGCCAACACUGACUACGUGGACUUCUACUGGACCACACGGAGGCCUUCAAACCAGACCAACAAGUUCACCGACUCCCCGACUCAUGGGUCUGAGGAUGCCGCCGAGCCUCGGUCCAGCCGGCCUCCUGUCUGUGGGUGUUUGAGUGCUGAGAGGUUUGUGGAUGCAUGUGAACAUGUCUGUGUUGAAACAGCAGCUUUUGACUCACUAACGCCGGGAAAAACCAAGAGCUCCUUUAUUUGUGACUUCCACUAAAAAACUGAUGGAAAUAAGUUUGUCAGGGUUCUGACUGAUAACAGAUUAUUAAAUAAUGAAAAUAAUUGUUUAAAUAUUCCUUUAAACAAUCCUUUUAGGUCUACAUUUCCUUUACACUGACUUCUUGGUAUAUGUACAAGUAUUUAGGGUGGAAUAUACCAAUAAGCCCAAUGUUCAAGGGUUCUUCUGGGAAUAUACCAUUAAACCAACCUUUUAGGUAAAUGUUCCAGGAUGUUGGGUAGAAUAUACCAUCAGAUAAACCUUUUAGGUCUACAUUGGAAGAUUUUUGAGUAGAAAAUUACUCCAAACCAUCCUUUAGGUCUACAUUUAAGGUGGAAUACUCCUUUACACCAUGAUUUUUUGGUCUAGGAUUUUGGAUGGAAUACUGGUUAAACCAACAUUUUAGGUGCAUGUCCAAGGAUUUUUGGUGGAAUGUUCCUUUAAGGUGGAUGUUUGAGGACCUUGUAGGUGGAAUACUUCCUGAAACCAACCUUUUUGGUCAACAUUCAAAGAUUUAAGGUGGAAUAUUCCUUUAAAUCAACCUAAAUUUCAUGUUUUGAUCAUUAUCAAGUGAGAAACCUCAAUCCAGACUCCUCAUAAUGACGUUUGAGAUUUAUGCUGCUGUUAUUUGUUUAGUCCAGACUAAAUGACAGAAAUCCACAACUGUAAUUUUAUUUCAGGACUCGGUUAUUAAAUGUCAAAACAAUCCAUGUGACUCUAAAAACUCAACAGCUUUACAAACUCUAAGAUUAAACUCUCCACAAGGAUCCAAAAUAAGUUGGACUUCUACAUGAUAGCUUUAAUUAUUCUUCAUCUACUUCCUAAAAAGUUUGGUCAAUAAAAAAGACAAAAACUAAUAUUUUCAGUUGAACUAAAGACAGACUUUAUGAUUUUUCUGCUCACAUGUUGUGUUGUUGUAAACUUACUCUUUCAAAUAAAUAUCCUCCUAACCCCCUGGAAA